AUGAGUCCCAGUCCAAGGCCAGCGGAGAGCUGGGUGCUCCACGCGGUGCAACCUGAACUGCGACCAGUUGGGGUACCGUUAUACCCUGGUUGUUUUCAAGCUACAGAUGCGGACAGACUACGAUAUACCACGCUAAUUCGAGGUCGGGUGGACUCCUUAUUAAGAGACGAGGCGUAUUACGCAGAGCGUCGAGCUCGCAACGACUCGUUCUUGAAUGCCGGGGAGUGGAAACAAGUUAAAAAGGAGAAGGACUUGACGUUCUAUCGACGACUGCAACGAGGUCGCUCACUUCGGGAAUUGGCACUCGAGGAGGACCUUCCCGAGAUCCAACGAGCGGUCGAACGCGGCUAUACGAGUAUGAUCUGUGACGGGUUUAUGAAGGGGACGAUUGAGGGCAUGCUGUAUGGGAUGACAGCGUCGUCUCAGGACGAUUUAAUGACAGGAUUCUCGUUCAAAGACCCGCCCAAGGACUGCGUCUGGCUUGGCACAGUGGAAACAUCCACUCGGGAGGACCCAUUCCGCUCAGCAGAUUUGAUCUGGGCCCUACCCAAACUACCUCCAAUGCUUGACCAGGUCGACGUCUGUUAUCUCAAGGCAACAGGUGUGGAAAUGGAUGCAAACGGCGAGAAAUAUGGGUACAUGGUGUUGCAUGGCGUGCACAUUGCCCAGUGCCCUCCAUUUGCAGCGCACGGGAUUUCCCGCGCGAAAAUGUAUUUUGCCUGUUUGUUUCGGGAACCACGCCCUGGACUUUUAAAAGUGACGGUGCGAGGCAUCUUCGAUCUCAGUAAAAAGGUGAGAAUGCUCAAGGGACUCGUCCAAGAAACUCACCCUUCUGGCAAAACGCAAUCGUAG